CCCAAGUCGUUACUCCUGAGUUCGAACCAGUAGCUCAAGUUAAAAACGGCUUGCCUAAACGUCGAAUAGAAUGGCAGUGCAGCGGUGGUACCUGACAAUACGGCUUUUAAAAAAAGGUGGAACCAGGAUGUUGAUGUCCUGCGGUCACAAAUCUUUGCGUGUUCUCAUUUUGCAGACCCACAUGCGGCUCCAAGCUACCCUUGGGCAGCUUGUGAGAAACCCCCUUUUUGAACCUCCACACCCCACGGGUCAGUACCCAAGGGUGUGUCUUGUGGGCUGUUAUAAUGUUUCCCCUUAUUCCAUAUUUGCGUGCCCCUUUUUUGGAUGGACAUGUGUCUCAGAGUUCUUCUGCGUUACAGCAACGACCUUACAAGUUGCCGACUCUGCCCAAACACUUGUCGAGUGCAAAAAAUACAGUUAGUGAAGUGCAAGAUUCUGACUAAUGACAGAUCAAGUACGAUAUUCUUUUCCACAAUUAUCCCCUCUAGGUAGCCUAUGAUAGGACAACGGUCGGGCUGCGUUCGCGUUCGUGGCCAUCAAAGUGAAAUCCCCAAGAACAAAAUUCGCCUACUAACAUCCCUCAUACAAAUUUCGCCUAACAAAUUUUGCCUAACAAGUUUUGCCAUACAAAUUUUGCAUAACAAAUUUUGCCACACAAAAUCUGCUGUACAAAAUGCGCUAUUCAAAAUCCUUCUUACUACAUUCUUCUUGUUAAAUUCUUCGUGUUAAAUUCUCCUUACUAAAUUCUUCUAAUAGAAUUCUUCGUAUAAGAUUCUUUGUAUAGAAUUUUUCGUAUAGAAUUUUUGGUAUAGAAUUCUUCGUAUAGAUUUCUUUGCAUAGAAUUCUUUGUAUAGAAUUCUUUGUAUAGAUUUCUUUGUAUAGAUUUCUUUGUAUAGAAUUUUUUGUAUAGAAUUUUCCGUAUAUAAUUCUUCGUAUAUAAUUCUUCUAAGAAACUACUUCUAGUAAAAUUCUUCGAACAGAAUUCCUCUAAUAAGCAGCAUCCAGCUUUUGCUUCUCCACAAUUUCUGUUAUUUGGAGGUCCACUUCGGCAAUGCCCAGAAUGCCACAUACUCACCGGAUGCGAAACAAAUGGGUCGCCCCAUGGGAGACAUAAGGUCCCUAACGUCGAAGGUCCCCGCGGAGUCCUUUCGUGUUCUCUAAACGUGGAGAAUUCGGGGUAUCUACGUGGAGAUGAAUGAGGCGGUGUGGCAUCGAUUCUGCUCGCAAUGUUUGGGAGUUUGGGAGAAUGGUGACUUUGCCUCACAUUAUCAUCGAUAUAUUGCGAGUGUAUUAGAAUCUGUCCGCUGCGAAGAACUAAGGCACGCCGUAAGAUUAUCUACACGGAAGCACUCUCAACUCAGCCCCUUCUUCUUGUGUAACGCCUGAUCUCUAUCAGCUCCUUUAUUCGUUCAGACUUCGCAUUCCCGGUAGACUUUUUCUGCCCGCUCGUGCUCCGAACAGCGAAUUCCAUCAAGCUGGAACAGAUUGUCCUAAUAAUUAGAGGCGAUAAUCUCGUGUCACUAUCAAACUUAAUUCUCAUUCUUUGAUCACAGGAUUCUGGCACCGCAACUUCCGUAUUUCGAGCCAGAAAUAGUGGGUCGAGAAGAGCGGUAUCUCAGAGGUCGGGACGUGUGGGCUGGACGCCGAAAUCACGGAUAUCGGUACAUUAGCUUCGGGAAUUACCUGUAUUGUAUGCGAUCUUAACCGCGAUACUCAAACAAUUACUGGAAAAGAUAGUUUU